UGCAGUGGGCGAGCUGGGAUAGGCUGGGAGUGUGUUUUGAGACCGUCAUUGAGACGGGACACAAAAAGAAGAAGGGAGCUAGGAACUAGGAAGUCUGCAACUUCUUCUGGAUCCUGUGACGUGGGACGGGAAAUAGGACAAUCUGCCGGGGGAAAAACUAACAGACCCCUAUCUCGGAUGACCAAAGAAUCACCACUGUGCAAACUUUUGGAUCGCUCAGCCCCACAAAAAAGCUCCAGAAGGGCGUCAGAUUGAUCUCUUUGGAGGGGACCCACUGAGGAGGACAUCAUGCCAAGGAGGACCGUGCAAGAAGUGACCGUGCAAGAUGUCCAAAAGCGGAGAAAUCCCAGCAAACACUACGUUUACAUCAUCAAAGUGUCUUGGAGCGAUGGCAGCACAGAAAUCAUUUACAGACGCUACAGCAAGUUUUUCGACCUGCAGAUGGAGCUACUGGAUAAAUUCCCAGUGGAAGGAGGUCAGAAAGACCCCAAGCGCAGGAUCAUUCCGUUCCUACCGGGAAAGAUCCUGUUCAGAAGGAGCCAUAUAAGAGAUGUGGCCAUGAAAAGGCUAAGGCCCAUCAAUGAAUACUGCAGGGCCCUCAUCCAGCUUCCAGUCUACAUUUCUCAGUGUGAAGAGGUCAGAGUGUUUUUUGAGACCAGACCUGAAGACCUCAACCCCCCUAAAGAGGAGCCAACAGGAAAGAAGAAAUCAGUUGCAUCCAUGUCAUUCCUUUUCAGUUUUCUUCUCCAUUCAUUUUCCUUUCCAUCAGGGUUUGUGGAGAGAGCGACUACUUUCCUAAAGCGAGGAGAUGCCACCUCGGGGGACCCGCUCCUGUUGGACCAGUACGUGGCGGUGACGGACUACGAGAAGCAGGAGAGCUCUGAGAUCAGCCUCCGUGUGGGUCAGGUGGUAGAGGUCAUUGAGAAAAAUGAGUCGGGCUGGUGGUUUGUGAGUUCAGAAGAUGCCCAGGGUUGGGUUCCUGCCACCUGCCUGGAGGCUCAGGAUGACCCUGAUGACUUCACUUUUCCAGGAGAAGAAGCGCCUCGAAGAUUCUGGUCUUUGCCGAGGCACGUGGGCCGGCGCAGAACUUUAGGGGAUCUUUUCAGCACGGGCUUUGGGCAAGAGGAGAAAUAUUCAGUGAUUUAUCCCUACUCGGCUCGGGACCAGGAUGAGAUUGACCUGGAGAGAGGAAUGAUUGUGGAGGUUAUUCAGAAGAACUUGGAGGGUUGGUGGAAAAUCAGGUACCAAGGACGCGAGGGCUGGGCCCCGGCUUCCUACCUGAAGAAAGCCGACAUUCAGAGCCAGAAGCAGGCGGCGGGCGCUGCAGCACACGCCAGUACCAACGACUUGGACGGGUUCUCCAAGCAGAGCCAUUUGGUCAACGCCAGGCGAGAGAACCAGAAAGAAAACAGACUCUCAUUCUUUUCCGAAAACAAAAAAGUGGGACUAAGACAAAGACCUCCACCACGUAGAGACCUCUCCAUACCACGUGGUACAAACCUUCCCAAGCCGCCUGGUCCGCCUCAAGUUGAGGAGGAGUUCUACACAAUUGCGGACUUCCAGACCACCAUUCCCGAUGGGAUUAGCUUUCAGGCUGGAAUUAAAGUGGAGGUGAUUGAGAAGAAUGGAAGCGGUUGGUGGUACAUCCAAAUAGAUGACCAAGAGGGGUGGGCCCCGGCUACUUUUAUCGAUAAGUACAAGAAGACAAGUAGCGCCCUCAGGCCCAAUUUCCUGGCACCUCUUCCCAAUGAGAUGGAGAAGCUACGACUGGAGGACAGUGGUUCCUCACAUAUUCAGAGAACAGAUGAUAGCUGGUCCAAGCCUUUACCAGAUGAACCGACCGCAGCCCCCGAGUCCUGUGCCCGCCCAAAGCUGAGGGACUGGAAGUCCAGCGCUGUCAAGGGUUCUGCCUUCUCUGGACCGUUACCUCCUGCCCCUGUAGCGCCGCCUGAGGAGAAACCAGCUCUACCACCGCGAAGGGAGUCCAUCCAUAAGAGUUUUGAAUUGGAGGUGGCUGAGAAACCAAGAUCCGAUAAUUCCAAACCUUUGCCCCCCAAACCUCCAGUGCCAGGGGUCAUCAUACCAAUGGUUCCACCAAAGUCAGGACCUUUUAAACCGGAGAAAACCCCAGAACCAAAGAAGGAGGACAAGAGCAAAGCUCUUCAUCUUCGGAAUGAGAUGGGUCUUGAAUGUGGUCACAAGGUCUCUGCCAAAGAGGUGAAGAAGUUUAACCUGAAGCCGGUACCCAAGCAGCCAACAAAACCCAAGUCAGAAGUCCCAGAGGAGAAACCAGAGGCAACUGGCCCAGCUAUAUUCAUGAAGCCCAAACCGGUGAUCAGACCUAAACCUGUUCCAGCUGCAAAGCCGGAUCCACAGGCAGCACCAGCAGCAGACAACAAACUUGACAUCACCAACCUGAGAAGUAAGCUGAGGCCUUCAAAACCUGUAGAUCCCAGCUCCGCCUCAGGGGAGGCCAACCUUCAGAACGACACCCCAGCGGUUGGCUCCCACCCUAGCAGUCCAACUCAUAGCUCAUCACCUAUUCAUAUGUCGUCUCUAAAUAACGGCAAGAACUGCGAGGAACCCAAAUUUUCUCCGAAACACAUGAACGGCCACAGUCAGGAGAAACCAGCAGUGCCUCCUCACAAGGAGGCCCCUCAGAGACCUCCGGCCUUGGCUCCGAGAAGACCUCCCCCUCCAAAGAAGGCCGAGACGUCCAGCCCUUCCGAGCUCAAGCCUGAUUCUAAAGAACCGGGACCACCCCAACUCAGCAGGCAGCCACCCCCUAGACCAAAGGUCUUCUCUCAAGAGUCCAAAGUGAAUAAAAUUCCCAUUCCUCCGAAACCCCAAGUGAAGAGUGACAAGCCUGGCCCACCCAGAGACAAACUCCCACCCUUGCUUAAGGAGCCCAGUAAGGACGAGCUGUAUCUGGCCGUGGCGGACUUCGAAGGGGAUGACCAGACAUCCAGCUUCAAGGUGGGGACGCUCUUCGAGGUGCUGGAGAAAAACAGCAACGGCUGGUGGUUCUGCAAGAAUGUAGGAGAAGACGUCGAGGGCUGGAUCCCUUCGAAUUACUUGAGCAAGAAACCAUAAGUAGACAAAAAAACAUUACCUUUUAGCGAUUAGGCUUUUUUAAUUUAUAGGUACAGUUUCUUAUACUUAAACUAAACCAGCAAUAAUAAACAUGGGCUUUUGUGAUGUUUACUUCUAUAACCUAUACAUUUUAUGACUUUAUUAGAAGCUUCCUGUCAGUGUUAGCAUUACAGAGGCUAGGUGUUAGCGUAGCAUUACAACUAAUCUUCACUCCACUCAUGUCUUCUAUGGUGUGAUGCGCCAACAUUAACCCUUAAGACAUCCUCGGGCGUUUUUGUACAAUUUUUCUCAAACUUUCUGAGAAACCUUUGCACCCUCUCUGCGCCUUUGUGGCAAAAAAAAAAUGAACACGUUCGAAAAACUGCUGUCAAUUAAUCAAAGCAUCGAUAUUUUUCACUUAACCAAUUUCAGACGUGCUCAAAAUGUCCAAACAUUCAAUAAUUGUGAGGAUUUUAACCCUCUAAAUGUCACUUUGUGUUUGAAUUAUGGAUUAUUUAUUCCAAAAAUCACAAUUAUUUUCCUUAUAUGCACACAUACUGUAUAUAUCAUAGUUCCAAAAACUAUAAUAGUUGGGAAAUAGUGUUUUUGUGGCUUUUGUAACAAAUAAUUUCAAAUUUAAUAUUAAAAAAAUAUAUUAUCCUGAUGAUUUAUUCAAUUUUUGGAAGUUUUGCAGCACUUCUGAAGUUGAAAAGAUUUACAGGGGGAAAAAUAUUGACAUAAUAGCAGUUUUUUGGACAUGCGCAGGUGUCAGACGGUAGUAAAUUUGAGGGUGGCACAAAACUCCACUGGCUACUGUACCAUAAAAAAAAUAAAUAGUACAAAUAUUUUACAAACAUUCCAGUAGUGGCCAAAUAGUUAGUGGAGUUUAAUGGGCUUUAAAUGCUAUGUAACAGCAAAUCACUACAAGAGUUCUCGUUGCCAAGUAGAAGUGCUUUCUUACAUGAGUCACGCGUAUUCAUCCGUUUUUAUGUGUUGUUCAAUGUUGCAAUGAUGUGUAACAUCGUGUAUGUCUCACUCAUUGUACAUGCGGUCAGGCAAAGUAUUGCACAUGCUAAAAAAGGUGGCUGUCAUAUUUCCUCAAAUAAUGGCCUCGCAAAUCGACGAUGGGCUUCAGUUAAUCGUCGGGCGUGUUGUUCACGUAAAGGCUUUAUUUUAAUAUGUGUAGUGAAGCCCGCCUUCUAUUUUUUUCUUCGAGACAAUAGAUUUUUCUCACAUUUGGUGUUCAUAAACAAGCUCCAGGGACACAUAUUACUGUUAUGAAGUUGUAAAAAUAGUUUUCCUCCAAAAUAAAUCCAUAAUCCUCAUAAAUGCCCCGGACCACUAUAUGAGGAAAUAUAAUUGGGAAUGUUUACUACAUCAGAACUGGUGGGGUGUGUCUUUCAGUGUCUGACCUGGUGACCGGUGCAAUUAUUUACAGUAUUUUCACACAACAAAGUGCGUGUGACCAAUAUAUAAAAUAGUUUUACAUUAAGGCUUGACUGGUCUCAAGCACGGUCAGUGUAUCAAAAUUAUUUUUUAAUUGUAAAGACUAUCUUAAAUGUUUUUGACUGUUUAAAAACUGUACUGAUGAAGGAACCAGGAAGCGAAGAUGAGAAAGAAUUAGCUCAAUGAGCGGUUGGAAGCGGGUUUGGACCUAGUGCAUUCUAUCUAUGGUUGUCAUCACCAAUUAGUAAAGUGGAUAAUUGGCACAUGUAAGACAAUCAGACAAGACUUUAAAAUGCGAGUCGCUACGUUAUGUUGACAUAGAACUGCAAUAAUUCUCUAAAACAAACAGCAUAAAUGCACCUAAUGUUGUGAUUGUGAGGUAAGUCAGGUCCAGUACUUGUUUGUAUGGGUGGUCAUCAUGGCAGUAUUGUAAAGUUUGUCACUUUUUUUUGGGUUUUUUAACUUUUUGAAUCUUAAGUCAAUAAACAUUUCAGAUUUUUCA